GAACAAGGUAGGUGGGCGCCGAAAUCCAGUGUUUUCCAGAGUCCUUGAAGGAUGGAUGUAGUGGUGGAUUUUGUUUGCUACAGCCAUUCUUCCCCAGAGAUUGUUCUUGGAGUGAAGGAAUUCCAGAUAGCCCAGGCGUUGCUGGAAGGCCGCGCAGAGCUUCUGAGCCAACCUGUGCCGGUGCCUUCCCACUGGGCAGCAAACCCAGUGCAUCUCUUCGAUUUAUGCCUGACGUUUGGCCACUUUGACACAGCAUGGGCCAUGGCUGAGAGAGGAGUUGAAGGUUGCAGAUUGGAGGCCUAUCACCUGAAGAGAGAUUGCCAUGACAGGGAUAUCGACUGGUGGGGCUGCGGCAAUUGCAUAGACGAUUGGGAGACCUGUGAACAGUGCUGCUUCGGCUUCCCAGUCGAGCAGGGCAUUUGGAUGACGGACUGGAACUCAAAUCUCUCAAAUGCCGCGGAAGCUGCCCGCCGAACAGCGGAGCAGCCCUUGGUGCGCACCGUCCUGGAGGUGCUUCGCUCCAAGGCCGUGCCGCACGCUCUCGCCAUUUCUGAUGAGGCCAUGACGCAUUUGCUGGACAUCGCCGUCCUGAUUGGCGACAGGGAGGCUGCCGUGCGCUGCGCGGAGCGAUCCCGUCUCCGGCCUUUGCGGCGCUGGAGCUGGGAGGAGAUUUUCCGGACUUAUUUUGAUCCAUGCUCAGACCUGGAGACUAAGAUGAGGUUGAGUUCCCGCUUCUUGGAGCUUCGAGAUCGUGGCAUGCUCCUCGCGGCCCUCUCGGCCGGUGUGGAGCUCCAAGGGCUGCAAAAAUCUUAUGGCCGGACUCCGAUUCCUUUCCGAGUGUCUGUGGCUCUGACGGGAACUCCUUGGACCGACUUUGCAGACCUGCUGCCGCCACCUGACACUCCAUGGGUGCCACCAGAAGAGAACGUUUUCGGUGAUUUCUUCCUCAAAGUGGACAGAAUUGGCGAGAUUGAGAUGCCCUAUUUGUGCAAAGACCUGCUGGAAAUCGCUCAGAGAGCUCAAGUCCCCUUGGCUGCUUUGAAUGUGACAUAUCCCUACGCCGAUGACUUUUAUAUGUGUAUUCAGAGUCUGUCACUCUUGGAUUGUGCGAUUCUCUUUGGGCAGUCCGACUGCGCGGCUUUGCUCGCUACCGAGGGUGUCGAGCUGUCGGACCACGGCAGCAAACUCUUGCUGGAGGACGGUCUGCUGGAUGCGGAGCCUGAGCGGCGGCCUGCGGCGACGGCAGCGGCCCACGCGGCGCUGUCAAAGGUGUGGAAAUCGGAGAUUGCGGCCAAAGGAAUUGCCAUCUACCAGUUGAUGAAGAAGCUUUUGCAGGGAAGACCUUUUCCAGCUUUAAUGGUCGAUGAGGUGGUGGUUAUGUCUAUGGAUGUGCCGAAGAUCAUCCAGGGUUUAGACUUGUGGGAAGAGGCAAGUGCUUGGUGCCAGUCGCGCACUUCGCGGCUUGGCCCACCGCAAGUUGGGAGGACUUCAUCUCAAGCAGCUGCCAGCUCGGGACGCACUUCCUUGUUUGGUGGGCACCCCCACGGCGAGGAGAGCGGCAACGAAGAUUCACAAGAGACACGCCAGAGAGACCAAGCAGACUCUGAGGCAGUGGAUGAGAAGGCGACCGACGAGUUCAUGCAUCUCAUGCUAGCCAAACGGGCGAGCCUGCAUGAUGUUCCGCCUGUGAACAACAUGGACGGUGUCCGAAUGUUCAGAUUGAAGUCCUUUGCCAAUGCUGAUCACGUUACUGACCUCCUCUUCGAUCCAAAUGGACCCCUGAAAGCCUUACACGAUCGUGUAAGAGAGGCCGGAUGCAGUGUGGACCCUGCUGAGAAUCCCGUCAAGAUCCUUUUUGUCCCGUGCACAGAAGAGCAACUGCUUGAAUUGCAUCAGCUAGCUGCGGAUGGCUUCGAACUGCGCCGUGACGUGCACAUCUUGGCGCUGGACGAGGAUGCGGCGCUCAUCGACGCAGCGCUGCGGCGGAUCCCCCGGAAGCGCCGGCCGCAGCUGAAAAAGGUGGGUGGAUCGCAGCCAGACGGUGCCGGCGGGACUGUGAGGGGUUUGGAGUUGGAAGAGGAAGGAGUGGAUGAAGAUGAGAAUGAACAUGAGGGGCCGAUGAUUGAGAGAGAGACAGGCUUCGGCGUGAGAACGGAUUCUGACGUGGGAUUUCCAUCCUAUGAGCGUUGA